AUGAAGAUCAUUGUGUUCUUUUUAUUAUUAGCCCUUAAUGGUUGUGUAAAAUUUUCAUUGACCGAGAUGUGUGCUUGCGAUGAAUUUGAAAAGGAAUAUUGUACAAGUCUUCCUUAUUGUAGUUGGAAUGGAUCUUCUUGUACAGAUCUUGAGUGCAAAUAUUAGUCAGAAGAGUUUUGCACUCAUUUUCUUACAUAAUUAAAAUGUAAAUGGAAUGAAUCAAGCAAAAUUUGUGAAGAUCAUACUUAUAAAUGUAGUGAUUUAACAAAAAAAUUAUGCUUUUCAUCAUUUUAUUUAGGAAUAGACUGUAUGUGGUAAGAUGAUUAAUGCAAGCCAUAAGACUGUUCAUAGGAUGAUAAUUGCAAUUCCUUAAAAUGUUCUGCAUAAAAAGGAUAAUGUGGUCCGAAAAUUGAUAAUUUAGAUUGUUCGUCAAGAACUACAGAAAUGUGCCCAAUAUCAGAUGGAAAUGGAAAAGCGUGUUUUCUAAAUGACAAUUAAGAAUGCAAAGAAUAUCCUCUAUUUUCAUCCUCUUGUUCAGAUUACGAAGAUAGAUUAGUUUUUUGUAAUCAUGUGUGUUACUAUGAUAUAAAAUCAAAAUCUUGCAUUCCAAAAGAGUGUAAUUAGAUAACUCAGGAAUCAUUAUGUUAAUCUUCUCUGAUAGAUUUUCCAUCUUUAUAAAUAUUUUCAUGCAAAUGGUCAGAUGGUUCUUGUAAAGAAAUUGAAACUGAAGAGAUUGAAAAAUCCAAUAAUGCUUUGGAUUGUCUUUCAUAUGGUUGGCUUCAUUACAAAUGGUAAUAAUCUACUAAUGAAUGUAAAUAAUGUAAGUCUUUUGUUAAGAACCCGCAAUACGCUAUUUAUGAAGAAUUUAUGUAUGGGAUUGAAUUGUUUUAAUUGGUGUCAUUUUCCCUGCUCCUUUUAUUAUGA